AUGAUGGUAUCAUCCAACGAAUUCCGCCUCGGAGUCGACGUAGGCGGCACGUUUACUGACGUGUGCGUCUUCACUCCGAAUGGGGAGACAGUCCGCGCCAAAGUCCCCACCACGCCUAACCAAACGAUCGGGAUUAGACACGGGAUCGCGAAGGUGCGAUGCAUUCUCAAGAAACGGUAUGACUGGAAUGGGGCAUUCAGGUUCAUUCAUCAUGGUACCACGACAGCGACGAAUGCCGUGUUGGAAGGCAAAGGGGCGCGGACUGCCUUGGUGGUCACGGCCGGACAUAAAGAUAUUCUGGCUGUGAGGCGGUCGCAAAUUCCUGGGGGCCUUGGGGCGUGGCUUUACUAUACCCCUCCUGAGCCGCCGGUGCCGCUGGAAAGGGUGGUUCAGUGUGUGGAGAGGAUGUCGGUCGGUGGGGAGACGGUGGUGGAGGUUGAUGAAGAGAGGCUGAGGGGGGAUUUGCUGGAGUUGGUGGAGAGAGAGAGGCCGGAGGCGGUGGCGGUUUCGUUGCUGAGUUCGUAUAGGAAUCCUGCUCAUGAGGAGGCUGUUGCGAAGAUAAUUCGAGAGGUAUGUGGUCCGGGAGUGGCGGUCAAUUGCUCGAGUGAAGUGUUGCGGGAGGUGGGCGAGUAUGAGCGAACGGUCACGACCUGCACCAAUGCUUUGGUGAAGCCGGUGAUGCAGAAUUACUUGCGCGAGCUGUCCGAGCAGUUGGCGUCGGAGACAGAGGCGAUUCGGGUGUUGAAGAGUGAUGGUGGCUUGACGAGUGUCGGCCUGGCCGGCGAGUUCCCCGUGAAUAUCUUGAUGUCUGGGCCAGCUGGAGGAGCCAAAGGCGUGGCUGAUGCGGUCGCUCGAAGCACCCCGUACAAAAACCUUAUCACUCUCGACAUGGGAGGGACUUCGACGGACUGUGCGCUCAUUUUGGUGGGGAAGCCGCGUAUCCGUCGGGAUACUGUGGUCGAUACCCUAACGGUUCGUGCACCGGCAGUGGACAUUCAUACCGUUGGGGCUGGAGGUGGCUCAAUCGCAACAUAUAUGGAGGUCACUGAGACCUUGCGGGUCGGACCAGAGAGUUCUGGGGCAGCGCCAGGUCCAGCCUGUUAUGGAAAGGGAGGGACAGAAGCGACGGUGACCGAUGCAAAUCUCGUCCUGGGAUACCUACCCCAUAGCCUACUGGGUGGUGAAUUUUGCUUGGAUACAGAAGCAGCAAAGACCGCGGUUCAGAAACUUGCCACCACAAUGGGACUACCUCUGAGACAGACGGCAGAAGACAUAAUCAACAUUGUCAAUGAAACAAUGUAUGGUGCUGUUCGAUUGGUCUCUGUCGAACAGGGAUAUGAUCCAAGAGACUUUGCACUCGUUGCGUUAGGCGGUGCUGGGCCACUGCAUGCCAAUGCAGUAGGAAAGCUUCUAGGUGCAUGGCCAGUCAUCGUACCUCCGUCUCCAGGCAUCCUGUGUGCACAGGGCGAUCUGACAACCAAGUUGAGUCAUGAGCAGUCCGUCACCUUUACUCGGAUGGUGAGAGAUACCUCGUCGGAGGAACUGCGACAUCAGGUGGAAGAACUGGAAAAGCACUGCAAACAGAUAAUGCGAGACUCUUGUGGUUCGGACUGGCCUAUGUCAUUGGUUGCCACGUACGAGGUUGAUGUCCGAUACAAAGGGCAGGCCCUGACCAUCACAAUCAAUCUCUCGCACGACGAAAUCCAACUGAACGACCAGGCUUGGCGCCGUGUGCUACAAGACGCUUUCAACAAGAAGCAUCAGCAGCAGUUUGGCUACUGUCUUCCUGACUUUGAACUCGAGCUGAUGCGUAUUGGCGUGAUACUCGAGGAUGGCUCAUCAGAUGUGGAGCUGACAGUAGUCCCGAAAGCAGAAUCUAGCGAGCCUCCAUCCUCGGCCGUCAUUGGCACGCAGGUUAUUAUUAUCGAGGGCCGAGAACAGCUAGCGACAGUGUGGGAGCGAGAGAAAAUCACGCUCAAAGGUGAGAUCGAUCGCCUGGGUAAUAUUCUCAUCCUGCCAAUUGCAGAGCAACCACCCUCAACGACGCAACAUACCUCGGAAUCAGCAACAGAAUUGAUGCGCAGUAAUCCGCUCAUCGCAACUCUGAUAUCCUCUUCACUGGCAUGCAUUCGUGGCGAAAUGGACAAGUUGAUGCUCCGCUGCAGCAUGUCCCCUGCUAUCCGCGAGCAGCAAGAUGAAUUCAAUGUCAUCACAAUUGCAGAGGGCAAGAUGCUUGUGGGUCAAUUCGGCAGCUUCAUCAAAGAGUUCCUUGGGGUGUGGACAGGAAGUAUCGAAGAAGGCGAUGUUUUCAUUACCAAUGACACAUACAUGGUCAAGGGUGCUGUUAGUCACUUAAACGAUGUGAUCAUCAUCCUUCCCAUCUUCCAUGAACAUCGGUUGAUUGGCUGGGCUUCUCAAUUUGGACACUUGACCGAUGUUGGCGGCAUGGUUCCGGGCAGCAUGUCCAUCAACGCCACCUCCAUUUAUGAUGACGGAGUCCAGAUUCCAUGCAUCAAGCUCUACUCCCAAGGGGUGAUGAAUAGCGACCUGGUUGAUCUACUAUGUCGAAAUUCCCGCCAACCGGCGUGGUAUAGAUCGGAUUUAACGGCUCUGGUGACGGCAUGUCGCAUGGCAGCAACGCGCAUCUCCGAGCUGGCCACCCGCUUCGGAACCGAGGUGUAUCUAGCUGCCUGUCAGGAGCUUCUACACCGGAAUCGAACUGGUCUGGCCAAGAUUGUUGAGCGUCAAUUCGACGAUAAACUCAGCACAUUUACCGACUUCGUCGACGACGACGGCCACGGCGUCGGACCCUGGGCCGUAACAUGUUCGAUGCAGAAAACCAGCGCUGGGGGGUUGAAGUUCGACUGGAGUGGUACUUCUCCGCAGAGCGAGCACAGCAUCAACUUUUAUCUCUCAGAGACCAUGUUCAAGAUGCUGGUGGGAUACUACCUCAUAGCCGCUGCCGCACCGGGAACAGUCAUCAACGACGGGUUCCACGAUCUCAUUGAAGUGCAUAUCCCCGAAGGCACCGUUCUAAAGCCAGUCCGGCCCGCCCCAAUAUCUUGUCGCACUCACUUCCUAGGCCGGACCAUGGACGUGAUCCAAGCGCUGAUCGGGCAGAAGAACGAAGCCUAUGUAGCGGCAGCUGGGUUCAGCGACUCGCCUCAUUUCUUCUACUCCGGAUACUACCCCACUGGGGAAUGGUAUCAACUAUAUCAAAUUGGCUUUGGUGGGGUUCCGGCUCGAGCAGCAGGGGAUGGACUGGAUUGUCACUGCUUGUUCCCCGCCAUCAAGUCAAUCCCAACGGAGAGCAUCGAGCUGAAUUACCCCCUUCGGAUUGAGGCAAACGAGAGCGUCGCGGACAGUGGUGGCCCGGGACACUUCCGAGGAGGCAAUGCACAACGAACCCUGUAUCGAUUUCUAGCGAGAGGGGAGAUCAGUCUGCAUGAUGAUCGGUGGUUCACGAAGCCAUGGGGUCUCAAAGGGGGGAAACCGGGACAACGUUCGCGGAAGAUCUUAUAUCGCUACUCUCGCAGUGCCAAUAGUCCGGUUACAGAGACCCUGCCGUCAAAAUGCGACCAUGUACGUGUAGAUCCGGGGGAUUUGUUAGAAUGGGUGACGUGGGGAGGUGGUGGAUUGGGCGAUCCUCUUACCAGACCCGCUGAGCGAGUUGCAAUGGAUGUCCGUCGGAAAUUGGUGACGGUGGAGGGUGCACGCAACGGGUAUGGUGUUUUGCUCGAUGAUGAUGGGCUGGUCUGUACUCUGGAAACAGAAGAAUUGAGGGCAGAUAUGCGGAGCCUUUUGACAGAUGGCAUCAUCUACGACCGCGGAGGCAGUCUGGACGAGCUGCAAAAGUCAUGUUUACAAGAGACGGGGCUUGCUGCCCCGGUGCCACUGUGGGAAACUGAGCCAUAUGGACCACACACGGGCCUGGAGUAUGUGAAGCAGUGGUAUGCCACGAAGCAGGAGGAGAGGGGGUGGGAAUUGGAGUAA